AUGCUGCGAAGACCUCACCCUCAUGAAGGCAGCAGCCUACUGUCGGGCGGCAGAAGCAAGCCAUCAACAAAUCCUAAUAACCAGAUAGACAGUGCCAAUGACGUUGAUACAGACUCAGACGAGUCGACGGUAGCAGCAGUACAAAGCAUAUAUAUACACAGUUUAACUUCAAAUCAAAUUACAGAUACAAUGGAAGUUGGAAUGUUGAGAGAAUUGUCGUGGAAGGAAAGGAUAUCAGUGGAAGAAGAAGGCGUCGUAUUUAAGCUAGAUACAGGCGCAGAAAUUAACGUGUUACCACUGAGUACGUACAGAAAGCUUAAAAACAAGCCAUCGAUGACCCAAACUAAAACGACAAAUCAACCUUACGGGGAAGAUAGUAAAAUCCUAGAUUUAAAAGACGCAUUCUGGCAUAUCAAGUUAGACAACAAAAGUUCAGAGCUGUGCACAUUCAAUACCCCACUUGGGAGAUAUAAAUUCAACAGACUUCCUUUUGGUAUUAGUUCGGCACCAGAGGUAUUUCAAAAAGCGUGCCACAAAAUAUUUUCAGAAAUUGAGGGAUGCGAAGUCUACUUUGAUAAUCUGAUCAUCGCAGGGAGAACAGAAAAAGAACAUGGUGAGAUAUUAAACAAAGUAAUAGACCAGGCUCGAAGAUGUGGAUUGAAAUUUACCAAGAACAAAAUACAAUAUAAAGCAACAGAGGUUAAAUACGUGGGUCACAAAAUAUCAAAAGAAGGAACAAAACCUGACCCGAGUCAUAUUCAAGCCAUUCUAGAAAUGCCGAAACCAGAAAAUAAGGCAGAUCUAAUGCGUUUACUGGAAAAGUUUGGGAGCGUGUAUGGUCAAGAAGGACAUCCCAUAUCGUAUGCAUCUCGAAGUUUAACUGAAACUGACAAUGAGACCAGGUAUGCUGAGAUUGAAAAAGAACUACUAGCUGUAAUUUUUGGAGUAACUAAGUAUCAUCAAUAUACAUAUGGUAGGUUAGUUAAGAUUGAGACUGAUCACAAGCCGUUAGAGGCUAUAUUCCAGAAAGACAUUACCAAGGUUUCAGCUAGGCUACAAAGAAUGGCUUAUCUAAAGACACAUACAGAAGAUGACCCUGAACUAUCCUACAUAGUUCAUACACCCACAAACAAUAUACCAAUGACAAAUGCAAAAAAAAAAGAAAUAUUUGAAGCAGCCACAAACAAAGACAGGACUCUAAAAACAUUGAAACAAUUAGUCUAUAGGGGCUGGCCCAAACAUAAAUAUCAACUACCCGAUGAGGAUCUAGUACCAGACACACUACAGCAACCCAUGUUAAACCUAAUUCAUGAAGGCCAUUUGGGCAUAGAAAAAUGUAAGCUGCGAGCUAGGGACAUAAUGUACUGGCGAGGCAUGACGGGUGAUACUGAAUCAACUAUCGAACUUAUAGAACUGAAUAAUAAAACAGCCUCCGAAGUGGUAUUGAAAUUGAAAACAAUAUUCGCUAGAUUAGGAGUAUCAAACACCGUCAUCUCAGACAAUAACCCGUUCUUAAGUUUUGAAUUUGAGACAUUUUCAAAAGAGUGGGAUUUUGAAUCUGUGACCACAAGCCCAUUACACUCUCAGCCAACUGGCCUUGCUGAGAAAUCUAAAAACACCCCGCUAAAAGAAAUUGGUUCAUCACCUGCUCAGUUGAUGUUUGAUCGUAAGCUAAGAACUAAGUUACCUAUUAGUGAUAAGUUAUUCUUGGUUCUUCAAAUUCUUGGUUCUUCAAAGUUCUGA